AUGCUGCUCAACAGUUUAACACAAGCAGAAAAUGGUGAGCGAAGAAAAUUGUGUCAUGAAAUAGUUGUGAAGGAUAGUUUGAAAAAUCGAGCAUAUACUGAAAUACAACAAUCACUAACAUGUGAUCCACUGCCCGUGCUGAGACAAAUCAUCGAACGUUCUGGCAACGAUUAUGCUCUUAAAUAUAUGCGCCAAGUUCGAGCCAUAUGUGGGAAAUUACUGUUGCUUAUUCGUGAAUUAAACAUUGUCAUGAAUAAAUUAUUCCAUUAUAAAAGUACAAUCCACCAAAUUAUUCAACUGAUGAGGAUUGUUAUUGAAAAUAAUAAUGAUGUUUGUCAGCUACGUUCACAAAUGCGGGAUAUACCACGUUCAACGCGUAAGGGAAAAGAUGUCAUUGAUAAAAUGUUAGCUGAAGAAAAGAUUGAAUUAAUUACGUUCAUGAAAAUUAUUGAUAUUAUGCUUGGAGGUGUUAAUGAUCAACUUCGAGUAAGAAAUGAAGAACGUAGUCGAGUAGAGAAUACACUAAAAGAACGUGAAGUUGUUGUUGAUUUAAUUCCACAAUCGUGGACAAAAGCAGCAUGGGAUUAUGAUAUUGAACAUAAACGGAAAAAACAUCAAUAUGUUUGUGAUUCGUUGAAUGUGUGUGAUAUCAAAAGUCUUGAACCGUUUAACUUAGAUUCACAAACUGCCUUAACUAAAGGAACUAAGAUGUUAAUAAGUGUUAAAAAUAUGAUUAAUGAACUUCAACUAGAACUAAAGAAUAGAAUAUUUGGUGUUAGUGAACGUACUCACAUGAUUAUCGAUGCUUUUAAACUACGACUGGCAAAAUAUGUAUCAUACGAACAACUUGCUACACUAUCUCGAGCUGAAGCCGAACAAACACGACGUGCAGUUCAACGUUCAGACGAUAGAACACAGUAUGUCAAUGGUAUAUUGAAAGGUCCAAUCAAUGCAAAAUAUCUGACAACGUCCGAAAGACUUAAUCGUCCAUUAAUUACACAUUUACAGCGUCAUCCAGGAAAUCAAUUACCUGAUGCCGGUCAUCUAAGAAAAAUCGGAGGUGUAUUUUCAACAGCAACAUCACUUGAAGAAUGUAUUAAACGUAAUUUUGAUCCACUAAAGGAAUCUAUAAAAUUUUUUGCUGAUAUGAAUAAGAAUGAAGAUCUUGUUAUAUUAGAAGAAAUAAAAUUAUAUAGUGUCGACAAAUAUGAGAAGGGUGAGAAGUAUUUCAAAGAACUGACAGAAACGUUAAGUCAAAAUGAUAUUAGUUUACCAUCGGCAUAUCAACAGCUUGAUGUAGCAUCGUGCAUCAAACAAGAUUAUAUACAAGUAUUCCAUUACUACAACAAAUCCCUUGACCUUUUACUAGAACAUCAUCUUGAACAUGUAUGA